CGUCAUCACGCCGCGCCUCUCCCGGAAGUCUCGAUCGGAGCCAAAAUGGCGCAGCAGCGGCAGCUGUUGGUUUUGGUUUUGGUUCGGGAAAUAAACGUUAAACGACUAGUACCGUGAUCGGACCGCAGUGACGUGACCGGGGAGAUCACAGGGACCACCGCCUCGCGCCAGGACGCGCGUGCACGCCGUGGUGAUGGCGGAGCGGCGGGCCGACUGGAAGAGACACAUCUCAGACCAGCUGAAGCUCAGGGACAGAGUUCAGAGACACACCUUCGAGGAGAUCGUCCAGCAGUACAAUCGUCUCUUGGAGAAGUCUGACCUGCAGGCCGUCCUCACUGAGAGAUACCAGACAGAGAAGUAUGACGUCCAGAGAGGACAUGAGGCCAGCUCUCUUGACUCAUCCCGCAGCGACUCCCUGCACCAGGAAAUGUCCCAGAUGAGAAUUCGCCACCAGGAGGAGCUGACCGAGCUGCACAAGAAACGAGGCGAGCUGGCUCAGACUGUGAUCGAACUCAACAACCAAAUCCAGCAGAAGGAUCGAGAGAUCCAGAGCAACGAGGCCAGGAUGUUGGAAUACCAGCAGCAGAUCGCCAGCCUGGAGGGAGACUGUCGGGAUCUGAGGAGCAACCUGCAGGAGCUGGAAAUGGCCAAUCAGACGCUGAAGGACGAGUACGACGCGCUGCAGAUCACCUUCUCUGCCCUGGAGGAGAAGCUGAGGAAGACGUCUGAGGACAACCAGGAGCUGGUGUCCCGCUGGAUGGCCGAGAAGGCUCUGGAGGCCAACCGGCUCAACGCCGAGAACGAGAAGGACACCAGGCGCAGACAGGCCAAACUGCAGAAGGACCUGGCGGACGCUGCCAAGGAGCCGCUGCCCAUCGAACAGGACGACGACAUCGAGGUGCUGGCUGAGGACGGAGGGAAGGGAGCUGGAGAAACAUCACCAAACCGACCAAUCGGCAGGACGCUGAGCAAGAAAACGUCCCAGCAGCCUCAGGGCGGGCUCCUGGACUCCAUCUCCAACAUCUUUGGCAGGCGUCGGUCGGCAAACUCCUUCGGCACGUCUCCAGAAACCAGCGAGACGCCGUCGGGAGGCUGUGCGGAGGUCCGGGUGCCGACCACGGCACUGCACGUCUUUGAAGCUCAUGACGGAGAGGUGAACACCGUCCGGUUCAGCCCCGGCUCCCGUCUCCUAGCAACCGGUGGGAUGGACCGCAGGGUGAAGCUGUGGGAGGUGGUCUCAGGUCGCUGUGAGGCUAAAGGAGCUCUGACCGGCAGCAACGCAGGAAUCACCAGCAUCGAGUUCGACAGCUCUGGUUCCUACCUGCUCGCUGCGUCCAACGACUUUGCCAGUCGAAUCUGGACUAUGGACGACUACAGACUGAGGCACACCUUGACGGGUCACAGCGGGAAGGUUCUGUCUGCUCGAUUCCUGUUGGACAACGCCCGCAUCGUGUCUGGGAGCUACGACCGAACGCUCAAACUGUGGGACCUGCGCAGCAAAGUCUGUAUGAAGACGGUUUUCGCCGGCUCCAGCUGUAACGACAUCGUUUGCACGGAGCAGUGCGUCAUGAGCGGACACUUCGAUAAGAAGGUCCGGUUCUGGGACAUCAGGGCGGAGAGCAUCGUGCGGGAGAUGGAGCUGCUGGGCCGGGUGACGUCUCUGGACCUGAACCACGACCGCAGCGAGCUGCUGACCUGCUCCAGAGACGACGUGCUGAAGAUCAUCGACCUGCGCAGCAACGCCAUCCGGCAGACCUUCAGUGCUCAGGGGUUCAAAUGUGGAGCUGACUGGACCAGAGUCACCUUCAGUCCUGACGGCAGCUACGUGGCCGGCGGGUCAGCAGAUGGCGCUCUCUACGUCUGGAACGUCCUGACGGGGAAACUGGACCGGACUCUGGACCGAAACCACAGCUCGGCCAUCAACUCUGUGUCCUGGUCGCCGUCGGGAACGUACGUCGCCAGCGUGGAGAAGGGCAGCAGAGCCAUCCUGUGGUCUGACAUGUGAUUGGCCGGAGCCCAGGAAGGGGGCGGAGCCAACACGGCCGGGCGCUGCUGGACUCCUGAUGAAGCUGCUGAGGAGCUUUUAAUGCUCAGUCAUUUUAACUGUGACAGAAGAAGAAGAAGAGCUGGCUCUCAGCGCCACCUGCUGGUUGACGGUUGAAUGGACAGCUGAUGAAGGCUGAGGAAGAGGAGGAGACGGGUUGGUUUGAAACAGGAAGUUCUUCGCACUAAACAGAUGAAGAUUAAAGACUCUGAGAGUGAAUGUUGGUCUGUUUGAUACACACACACACACCGCUGCAGAAGUGCCUCUGAGCGUUCCCGGAGCGAUACUGGGGAAAGCUGCCGGUUCCUUCAGAAGCAGCCGCUGACAUGUUACCAUGGAAACGGCCUGAUCAGUUUUCAGAUCCAUAAACACUAAUCGGUCUGUAGUUUUUCCGCUUGUUUCUGUUCAUGUUUUCAGUUGGCUGGGAGACAUUAAACCCGAACCGCCUGAAAACGAGCCGCUCACGCUGCGUUCACUGACCACUGGGAAAAAUAAACGAUGUUUCCAGCUCACUGCUCUGCAGACACAAACCUUAAUGUUUUCAGGCUCUGGCGCUCACUGCUCAAGUUGUUCUGAUUCUCACACAGUAGACCAAUCCUCAGGUCUUCUGCUGGAUCCCGACAGGUCGGGUUGACGGUCCAGGAACCCGGCGCCGGGUCUGGGAGCCUCACUGCAUGGCCGCCAUACUGGGUGGGCUUCUGAUUGGUUGGUUGAAAAGUCAUGAAGCUUCUGUAUGGUUUCAGUUAUUUUCAACACGUUGGAGUUUUUGUGAAAAAUGAAGAUAAAUGGAAGCUGAGAUGGAGGAGAUUCCUGCUCUCCUCGGUUCUCAUCAAUGUUUCAGACAGCAGAAGUGUAGUUUUGGCUUUAUUAAUAAAAUAUAUGUGCAGAAUUA